UUUGAGCGGGGGACCCAUUCGCAAAGAAAGAACAAAAAACUCUCUCUCGUAAUCACGCAUCAUCACACCAACUUCUUCUUCUUCUUCUUCAUCAUCAUCAUCAUCAUCAUCAAUGUAAAACUCCCAGAAACAAUCCUUACCUUACUUUCCUUUCACACUGAUUCUCCCCUCUCCCACUUGUUCUCUCAUCUCAUCAUCGGUUCUUUGUCCAUACCUUUUGCUUCCUCUAGUCAUGGCGUAUCACUCGAUUCAGGGCUACUUGAAUUCUCCUUUUGGUGAUACAACAACCUUCACCAAGGUCUUCGUUGGUGGCCUUGCCUGGGAGACUCAAAGCCACACUCUUCGUCGCCAUUUCGAACCUUACGGUGAUAUCCUCGAGGCCGUCGUUAUUACCGAUAAGAACACUGCUCGAUCCAAAGGUUACGGCUUUGUGACUUUCCGAGAUCCAGAGGCUGCUAGGAGAGCCUGUGUUGAUCCAACACCUAUUAUAGAUGGCAGACGUGCGAAUUGUAAUCUCGCUUCUCUUGGGAGGCCUCCUCGUCUUCCAACGCAAUAUGCGGUGACGCCCUUUAUUCCUGGACGGAUAAGACCUGCUUCCCCGUAUGUUGGAAGUGUGCAGGGUUCUCGCGGUUCCCUCUUUGGAAGCCAUCCGUAUCAGCAACCGCAUGCUUAUAGCUACCAGCAAGGAGUGAUGUACCCUUAUGGGGCUACUACACCAUAUGGACCUGAGUACAUGUACUCACAGUCUCAGGGCUUAUAUGGUCCUUACACUGGGCAACAGUACCUUCAGGUUUAUGGAGUACCUGGGGGAGUUAACUCACCAGGCUACCAAUACGGGCAACUGAGUCAAAACAUCUCUGUUGGUCAUGGCUAUACAGCGGUACAGGGCUAUUCAGUUCCAGGAAGUCAUAUUCAAUCUCCAUACCCUUCAGCUGUAGCAGGUCCUUCCCCAACGCAGUCCUAUCCUCAGUAUAUGCAGAGUAGCGGUUCUGAUCAAACAACAGGGUGAAAAAACUCAAUCAACGUAACAAGCUAGGUGGACAAAGAUAUAGCAUAUAAAUUUAAAAGAUGUACAGAUAGAUGCAUAUAGAAUGGUGGAAUCAAAAUCUGAUUCUUUUGGUAGUUAAAGUAGUCUUCUUACUUCACACUUUCUCAAGGCGUAGGAGUGUGUGUGUGUGUGUUAGUAAGAAGAUUGUUAGGUAGCAUUUUUUUAAUGUCCUAUUGAGUCGAGUCCUCUGCAUUGUAAAUAGAAUUAAUGUGUAUUGAGCUCACUCACUUAGGUUCAUAUCUUUGCAUAUAUUAUAACUCCCAGGGCUCUUCUCUUUUACACGUCUGUACAGUUACUAAAAUGAUAAAUUGUUAUAUCAGGA